GUGUCACAGGAGGUGGUGUGUGCCCUGCGGUUGCGCGGGCGCGUAGGAAGAAAAGGCAAGGGAGGCAGAAAGGAACAAAGAAGAAGAAAAAAAAUACAAACGACGCCUCCUCCUCCCCCACCAGCAUGGAAGCGCCCGGCCCCCUCACUACUCAAGACGAACGCCUCUCUCUCUCUCUGCUGCCCUACUACAAGGGCGUCCUGCCCAUUGAUGACACCGGCCGGCUCGCUAGAACCCGUGGCUGGCAGCUGAAUGGGGGUGGGCGCACGAAAAGGGCACUCGGCCAGGCCAGCACGGGGAGGGACGACUGCAUGCCAAGGUUGCAGCAGGCCUCCGCUUGCAUCGCAGCCUGCGUCUCCGCGCCCGGCCUCCACCGUCCGUCGGCCACGGUCAGAAAAGCCCGAGCCACGGCACCAUACCCCAGGGCAGCCGCUAGCAAAGGUGAGAAUGCCAAGCACGCCUUCAGGGUUCCUCGGCCUGUCAUGGGACGACGGGUCUCCAGCAAACCACGUCAUGGCCAGCCCAACCCACCUGGCCCGCCGCUUCUUUGUGUGGGUAGCUCAUCGUCGCGCUGCGUCAUUGCUAGCUAG